AUGAAAGAGACGGGCAACAUACUCUGCUGGGCGACGUGGCGACCGUGGAAACAUGGGACGGCCAUGCGGCAGCAACGGGGCACAUUCUGGAAACAUUGUUUUGGAGCAGGCGCCCAGAAGUUCAUCGUCGCCUACGCUGCUUUCCUGAAGCGCCAGGGCAAGCUCCCCAUUCCUGGCUGGGUCGACACGGUCAAGACGGGCCACGCCAAGGAGCUGCCUCCCCAGGACAUUGACUGGUUCUACGUCCGCGCCGCCUCGGUUGCCCGCCACGUCUACCUCCGCAAGACGGUCGGUGUUGGCCGUCUCCGCAAGGUCCACGGCACCGCCAAGAACCGCGGCACCCGCCCCGGCAAGCACGUCAACGCCUCCGGCUCCGUCGACCGCAAGGUCCUGCAGUCGCUGGCCGCCAUUGGCAUCGUCGAGGUCGACGAGGAGAAGGGUGGCCGCCGCAUCACCCAGGCCGGCCAGCGUGAUUUGGACCGUAUCGCCCAGACCACCGCCGAGGAGGAGGAGGAGGACGAGGACGAGGACGACGAGUAA